CAUAUCCAGACUUGCUCGCCAUGGCAACAACCUAGAUUAGAAUCACCUGGUAAUACAGGUCUUUAUCGUGGUCAUUCGCCAUAUCCGCCUCAGACUUCCUUCAGCUCAAGUCCUUAUGCCACCAGUGGAGGGACUCACACAUACGGAAGUCCUCGCGCCAAUGUCUACACUAGUCCCUACGCCAAUCCAUAUGUCUCAUCAAUUCGCAACAGCCAAUCCCCAUAUGAACGCAGUGGCCCGUACCACCAGCAUAAUCCAUCCACGGCCUAUUGUCGAAGUCGACACAGUGGUCAAACCAGCGGCUCUUUUACCUCUAGUCCUUCCGUUUCAUCCACUCCAUACUUUGAGCAUAGUGAUGCUGAAUCACCCGCAUUCGGACGUUAUAAAAAUGCAUCGUUUUUUGAAUCAUUCGACUCCAGUUCUGCUGGCUCGUCUUCCUUUCGUUUCGAAAGUCGUCGAUCUAGUUAUGGCGAUAGUAGCGGUGGCGUACGUCGGUCGUUCAAGGACAAAGGUGAUGUAAUCGCACGCUCUGUCUCUGACCCAUGGGCAGGCAUGCAGCCAAUCAAGGCACCCCCGGGCAACCGGCUGGUUGCGGAGCCUCCUCUGCGACACAAGCUUCUAUUUGCGUCUCCUUCUGUUGCCACUUAA